AUGGUCCUGUGUAAUUUGAAUCAUAAUACAAGCUGUGCUGCAUCAAAUUUUAUCAUUUCUGUUUGUAGCAGCUUCUUAGUUGAGUUGAGGGCAACUACCUUACUGAUUGCAGUUGCUAGCGCUUUCCUCAUUAUGCUGUAA